ACGUACUUGGAACGUAAUUCAAAACAUGCUGCUGCCCCCAGGACUCAUUUUUACUUACUAAACUCGGGUGUUAGGCCAUGCACGGAUUUUGUACCCUCUCCGGGGGUUUGGAUCGCAAAUAAAGUUUGCACAGUACAAAAUCCAGGCCAGACUUUUAGAACUACGGAAUGGCUGCGGGAGGGCAUGCUACGAUUACAGGCCUUAGAAUCAAGAAAGAACCGGAAGAAGAAGAGAAAAUUCGGACCCACACAGAACAAGUUCAGGAGAAUGUUAGAACCCCUUCAGGAAAAGUGGAACCGAAACUGGAAAAUCCAGCCACAGAUAAAAACCCCAAACCAAAGGGACCCCAAGACAUCAGUGAAGAAAGCUAAAUCAGUGGGAUCCAGAAAAUCAGGACUUUCUAAUCUCUCCAGUGUUAGUACUCUAUAUCUGAAGCAGAAAACUAAAGUAGAAGAAGCCCGUGUUAGACUGAAGUACGCCAAACAAGAAGCAGAAUUGUUAAAGGAGAGGGCUGCGCUGGAAGCGAAGAUGAACAUUCUAGAUAAAGAAAGGCAAUUUGAGGAGUGCAAUCAAGGAUUAAAUGCCUUAAAUGAGUGUUUUGACUUAGAGCCGAGCGAUGAAGAAGACGAAGAGGAGGAAUCUAAUGACAGUGAUACUACCGACAAUCGUGAGACUCGUGUUAAGCAAUAUUUUGAAGAACAAAAUCGUAUUGCAGGUGCAUAUAGUUCCCAACCUAAUCAGUAG